AUGGUGAAAACAAUUCCUUUUGCCAAUAUCCAGGUCCCAUCCCCAGGCUUCGGUGCUAUGGGCCUGAGCUUUGGUCUGGGUACCAAUCUCAGUCUCGACGAAGCAGAGCCAGUUCUUUUGAAGGCAAUUGAGCUGGGAUGUACAUUCUGGGAUACAGCGGUUGUUUAUCAAGCUGGUGUGAACGAGAAACUGCUGGGUGAUUUCAUUCGGAAGCACAACGUUCGUGAUAAGAUCUUCAUUGCUUCGAAAUGCGGGUUCGAUGUGUUUGGAAGUGGUGGUAUAACGAACUCAGCCGCGCAUAUCAAUGAGUACAUCGACGGUACCAUCGAAAGAUUAGGCUUCACUCCUGAUUUGUACUAUCUCCACCGAAUUGAUCCCAAUACCCCUCUGGAGGAAUCCAUCACUGCUCUCGAUGGAAUUCGCAGCGCAGGAAAGACCAAGUACAUUGGUCUUUCAGAGUGUUCAGCCGCCACCCUUCGCAAGGCUAACUCCAUUGCCAAGAUUGACGCACUCCAAGCCGAGUACUCCGCCUUUGAGACACUUCACGAGAACGAUGGCCUCAUCCAAACCGCAAAGGAAUUAGGCGUGGCCUAUGUAGCCUACAGCCCUCUAGGCCAUGGAUGGCUUGUCGAUGAGACCAGCUACAAUUCACCAGACGACUUCGCACCCGAUGACUUUCGACGAAAUAGCCCAAAAUUCCAAGGCGAGAACUUUUAUAAGAACAAGGCUAUUGUGGAGGAGAUUAAGAAGCUUGCUUCUCAAAAAGGAUGUUCUAUUAGUCAGAUCGCUCUUGCUUGGGUAGCUGCACAGGGAAUGAUAGCUAUUCCUGGUACGACCAAAGCAAAGCGUCUCGAAUCCAACUGGGCAUCGCGUGAUAUCCAAUUGAGCGAAGCAGAGCAACGAGAGAUGCGCAAGAUUAUCGAUGACGCAAAGCCUCAUGGAAACCGAUAUGGUCCCGUACACCAGGCGAUGGUGGGUCACUGA